AUGCAAUAUAUCGCCGAGAAUACAACCAUACCAGUCCCACGGAUAUACCGUGUCGAAGUCCAGGCGGGAGGCAUCAAGUCGAUCCUCAUGAACUAUAUUGACGACCGUACUCUGGAAGAGGCUUGGCCGAGCAUGAUCCCAUCCCAAAAGGUUUCGAUCGCCCAGGAGCUUCAUGGGUUCAUACUUCAACUCAGAGACUUGACGAAUGGAUCUGAUCCCGAGGCUGGCGGCCAACGUUUUCGAGACUUGCAAACUAAGAAUCUGAUGACGAGCUUGAGCACAGAGUGCGAUUAUCAAUCCACAGUACCCUCAUUCUUUCGAAUGGGCUCACUGUUCCCUGAUAAUAGCCACUGGUCCUCAUCGGUAAGCCGGAAAGACAACCUGUUCUUCACGCAUGGGGAUCUCGCCCCUAGAAAUAUCUUGGUGAGCCAAGAAGGUCAUGUUACUGCGGUCUUGGACUGGGAGUAUGCAGGAUGGUAUCCUGAGUGGUGGGAGGCCGUGAAGGCAUAUGAAUUUUGCAAUGACCUACCUGGCUGGGCUGCUUACCUGUCUAUCAUUCUGCCUCCAAGCCAUGCCACAGAGUAUAUGACUAUGGCACUUGCUACACGUUUUGUGAGAUAG